CUCACACAGGGCUGUAGUGCCGCGUGGUAAGGUAAAUCUUCAAGAGCAGAGUUUUACAUUGAAAAUUAUCUUCCUAAAUAUCUAAUCGGUAUUAAAAUUAGCUGCAGCAUGAGGAAUCAAUUUCAUACAUGCCGAGACGCUAAUAAAAGGAUCAUUAUAAUUUUUUAUAGUCAUCUUCAAACUCGGAUAAUUAUGUAACUGAAUUAUUACGUCGUAUGUGAAUAUGUUUUUUUUCAAUUUACAUAAACGAGUGGAUUAUUAUAGAUUGUACGCAUACUGCGCUGGAUGUUGAUAAGAAAUUAGUUUUGGCAAUGACUAAACCUUACGAAAUAAAAAUAAUACAAAAACAAGAGAAAAAAGAAAUAAUACAAUUUAUGAGAAAAUAUUUUAUGCCGGAUGAACCGAUAAACACAUCAAUAAAUCUAGUGACGGAAGAUAAACCUUUCAAUGAACCUUUAGAGGAGUUUUUAAUAAAAGGCUACGAUAGUGGAGUAUCGUUGAAGGCUGUCCAAAAUGGAAAACUAAUUGCUAUUUGUAUAUCGUACAUACUUGAAAAAAAUGAGAAACACGAACAAGUAGAGAGCGACAAUAAGGAUUUUAUGACGAUUUAUAAUUUUUUGACGUAUGUAGAUGAACACUGUAACGCUUUUGAAGAAUUCCCCGAAUGCGACAGAGCUAUAACAAGUCCUAUUCUAGCGGUACAUCCUAGUUACAGAGGUUUGGGAAUCGCACGAGAUAUGAUGUACAGAAUUUUGGAAACCGGCAAGGAGAAAAAGUGUGGUUUUAUGGUAGUAGAAUGUUCAAGUCAUUUUACAGCUUUAGCUUUACAAAAAUUAAAUUUCGAAUGUAUAUACAGACUACCUUAUGAAGAUUACAAAGUAGAUGAUAAGAUAGUAUUUAAAACGAAACCACCUCAUAAUGCAGCUACUGUGUAUGUGAAGAAAAUUGAUUGAUUUCAAUAAAUUAUUUUAUACUUAUGUAUAUGUAUGGAUUUUGGUACUUAAUAAUUAUUUGAUAGUAUACCAGACAAUAUUGAUUAGUGAAUAAUAAGGAUAUUUUUUAAA